CUCUCUUUCAGCAGCGGGAAAUCCAAAAUGGCGGUGUUGUUAUGGUUUUCUGGUCUUUGCACUUUUUAUGCCCUAAGCAACGUUAUUUUAGGGAUUACUGGAACGAUUUUAUUGCCACUGUAUUUCUCAUUUUGUGGUACUGAAGCUGCCGUCAGGUUUUCACUGCUUCUCUGCGUUCAUUCAGUUCUUUUGGCUUGUAUUCCCAAGCAAGUUAAAUCUUUCAUCCCAAUGGUCCAGCUUGUGUUAUUCAUGUUACUGCUUUUCCUACCCAUUAAUGUCACUCCAUUCAUUGCUGUCUGGUUUUAUGAGAAGCUUCUCCUGUUGGCAGAGCCAGUAUUCUCAAUAGUAGAGGCAGUACUGGUAGUCUUUUUGGUUAUGGAUGGCAGUCAGUCUUUAGUGGAUCAAAUAGAAGACAAUCCAGGCUUUGUAAAGUCAAUCAUAAUAGGAGUGGCUUUUGUGUCUUACAGUCUUGUGCUUUGGAUCACCUUUAAUAUGUUUAUGGAUGAAAACAUGAUUCCACUAGAAAACUGGAUUUUGCUUGCUGUUCUUGCUGUAUCUGUGUCUGUUCUUGUCAUCUGUUUGAUCCAAGAAGAAGGAAUCAUAUCAGAUGCAUCAGUAGUCUCUCUUAUGAUGGUGUGUAUACUAUGGGCCAUGAAGCAGGAACGGAUCAUGACAACUAACCCCUUGAAUAUGCCAAAACAAUGGACAGAAUCUCUUGUUGGUGGGAAGUCAUUCCUGUGGGCUCUUACUUCCAUGGCAUCCUGUAGCUUAAGUCAUCUUGGUCAAGCGAAAAUGAUUUUAAGCAGCUUGGUCUCACCAACUUAUCUAAUGCUAGCAGCUAUCAGGGUUUUUAGUGUCAUCUGCCUCAUAUGGAUUAUCAAGCAGUUUCAAGCAAAGGAUGAAGAUAAAGAUUUUGAAGACACAGUAAUAGAUGAUCAAUCAAGUUCAUCAAUACCUCAGAUAAGCCCACUCACUAUACGCCUCGUCUUUAUAUUUGUCUAUACAGAAUUCUUAGUGCGAAGCAUGGUUAUUUCUACACAUCAUUCUAUGACAUCUCAUUCUACCCCUUCAUCAAUGAUUCCAACCUUUUACGAUCGGAUUGGUUCAAUUCUCCUUUAUUUUCUAUAUGAGGUCAGGAUUUGGAGAGUUUUACAGAUUUGUAUGACAGUUGUUACUUAUUUUUAUGUGUUGCUCACCCCACGGGAUUAGUGAACAGUUUCAUAUCCAGGAUGUACAUAUUACCUAAGUUAAAGUAUUAAAGAAAUUCAUAUGCAAA